AUGCCUCUCCUUGAAACAAUAGCCAUUGACAGAGCCAACAAAGAACUACAGGUAGGCCAACAUGAAGACCUGGUACGUAACCUGGAGCAUGUGGCUCGUGAUGAUGUCGCUUUGGCCGGCGGAAAGAAUUCUUCUGUAGGGGAGAUGAUCAGCGCCCUGAAGGAGAAGGGGGUAAAAGUGCCGCCGGGUUUUGCAACAUCACUGGCAUCCUGGCAGUAUGUGGACUCCAAUGCCAUACGGGAUAAGAUCGCUACACUGGUCACGGAAUGGCAGGCAACUCCGGUCGAGACUGCGUAUACAGCGCGUAAAGCUUUCCUCCGUGGCAACGCGCUGUGUGCCCUGAAGGCCCAGCAGAGUCCACGCUGUGCCACACAGUAUAUGGCCGGAGAACGCAACCCAACCCUACUCGUGGUCCCAGAUAUCGCUGAACACGCGGCGGAGCGAAUGCGUGUUCUGAAUAUCCUCGCGCAGCGACGUUAUCGUCAACGGAGAAAGGAUCGUCUACAUGCGCUGGAGUCGCGAGUUAAGAGUCCUUGGCAGGUUUCGUGA